ACUAAUUGUAAGUUUCAGACGCAAUUAGAUCUAGUCGUUAACGAUAUCUGUGGUUGUGAAGACGCUUCCGAAGAAGCAGUUACUUGGGCCGUCCCCAAACGAGUUCUCGCAUUUUUUGUUAUCGCCUUGUUUACAAAGCGGUCAUUCUUCUGCAAAGUACCGUUGGCAAAACAAAUCGAAAAACGAAUCCCGGCCUAUACAGUUCACAGUCGACGAUGGCGACAGCAGCAGCGACCCUUCUCCUUCUGGUGGUAAUUGCCUGUCUUCAGAAAGAAGCCAGCUCAAACAGACCGUCCUACGCGGGGAUAUCUGGAGGUACCUUGUCAAACUACGUAGGGCAAAUCAUACCACUUGGUACGCCAUGGCCUGCCAAAGCCGAAGAUUACUCCACCACUCCCAAACCGACCUUAGAAGAUAAAUUGUACACCAUUUCUAGUACAGAAACAGCUACGUCUGGUACUACAGGACCUGUUAAUGUGACAGAUUCCUCUAGAACCACCACAGAGGCUCACAUCGAGAACUCUUCGAAGGUGCCGAGUUCCUCGCAGCCUCCUAUUGUUUUGGAAUACCAACCCGACAGACCUUCCUUUGCGGGAUCUACAGGUGGUACUUGGGAAAGUUACGUUGGGCAGAGGGUACCACCUGGUACGCCUUGGCCGGAAAAAGUGGACAAAUCAACGUCACUUCCUCCCAAACAAGGGGACGGUUUUAGUUCUUCUGGUACUACCAUCCAAGAAGAACAAUCUUAUACUACUGUGAGGUACCAGAACACUACUAUAGAAGCAGUACUAAACCAAACUAAUAAAGAUGACAGUGGUGUUCAGCCUUCUACUGUCUUGGAAUACAAACCAAACCGUCCAUCUUUCGCUGGAUCCAUUGGAGGUACCUGGGAGGGUUAUCUUGUGCAAAAAAACCCAAAUGGUACUGCUAUUGAGAAGCCAACGAAUGUUAUUUUCAACUCUAAUUCCUCAACAACUUCUAGACCUUCUAUCGUUUUAGAGUAUCAACCUGACAGACCAUCUUUCGCGGGAUCAACAGGUGGUACUUGGGAAAGUUUGGUUGGACAAAGAGUACCAAACGGUACCACAACUGAGAAACAAGGAAACGAUUCUCCAAUUUCUAGUACAACUUCUAGUCCUUCUAUAGAUUUGGAUUAUAAACCUAACAGACCUUCUUUCGCUGGAUCAACGGGUGGCACCUGGGAAAGUUUGGUUGGACAAAGAGUACCAAACGGUACCACAACUGAGAAACAAGGAAACGAUUUUCCCAUUUUUACUACAACUUCUAGUCCUUCUAUCGUUUUGGAUUAUAAACCUAAUAGACCCUCCUUUGCUGGAUCAACGGGUGGUACUUGGGAAAGUUUGGUGGGACAGAGAGUACCAAACAGUACCACAACUGAGAAACAAGCAAUUAUUUCCCAUUCGUCAACAUCUAAUUCCGUAAUUUUGGAAUAUAAACCUAAUAGACCUUCUUUCGUUGGAUCAAUGGGUGGUACUUGGGAAAGUUUGGUUGGACAAAAAGUACCAAACGGUACCACAACUGAGAAACAAGGAAACGAUUCUCCAAUUUUUUUUACAACUUCUAGUCCUUCUAUAGUUUUGGAUUAUAAACCUAACAGACCUUCUUUCGCUGGAUCAACGGGUGGUACUUGGGAAAGUUUGGUAGGACAAAGGAUACCAGAUAGCAGUACCACUACCGAGAAACAGUCAGUGGUUGUUGUCAACUCUACUUCUACAGUAUUAGAGUACCAGCCCAAUAGACCUUCUUUCGCAGGAUCAACAGGCGGUACUUGGGAAAGUUUGGUUGGACAAAAGGUACCAAACGGUACCACAACUGAGAAACGAGGAAACGAUUCUCCAAUUUUUACUACAACUUCUAGUCCUUCUAUAGUUUUGGAUUAUAAACCUAACAGACCUUCUUUCGCUGGAUCAACGGGUGGUACUUGGGAAAAUUUGGUAGGGCAAAGGGUACCAGAUGGUAGUACCACUACCGAUAAAGAGACAAAUGUUCUCAAUUCUACAUCUGUUACGAUUUUAGAGUACCAACCUAAUAGACCAUCUUUCGCUGGAUCAAGGGGUGGUAUUUGGGGUAGUUUGGUCGGACAGAGAAUACCAAACGGUACUACAAGUGAGAAACAAGUAAACGUUUCUUCAAUUUCUGACUCACCUGCUUAUAAUGCUUCUACGAUUUUAGAGUACCAACCCAACGGACCUAAUGUUGACAGCGAUAUUAAUAAGGAUAUUAUUAAAGCAACGAAAAAAUUUCUGGAGGCAGAAAAAUGCAAGGACAAUUUUACCAUCAAGGAUAAUACCACAGACGUACAGGUUGUUUUUAAUUCGAUUCUUAAUAUCGAGCGAGAUCGUGAGGAAAAAUAAAAUAUAGUAAUCGUAUAUGUGAUAAUUUUUUAAAAGAGAAUUAAAUUAUAUUUGUGACUGUGCAGCUGUCUUUGCAACAUGAUUUAUGAGACGUUCCUGAUAAGCCUAUAAUAAUUUGUAAAAAUAAUUGUUUAAUUGUGUUAUACAUUGGCAUAUUUAUGUCGCAUGGGAAGAUAAAUGUAUUUGCAAUAAUUUAUUUAUAUCUAGGAUUGCAAUAAAUAAACGAAUCUAAUAAAUUCA